AUGGUUGAAAUCGUCACAAUUGGAAACCUCCUCUUCCUGGGUAUACAGCUGUUGUUGUCUUGCAACGUGGUCAGUUCAAAGUCUUUUGAGUGCUUUGAGGGAAAUUGUGCCAUGACAGGCUCUUGCCGGUCGUCUCCAGGAGCUGGUUUUAGCCCUUUCUGCUGGAUAGCAUCCGACUCGUGGGGGCAUAAGCUAAAGUGUGGAACUAGAAGUGAUUGCAGAAGCGCUGCUCUUUCUUGGGGAAAUUGUGUCUUCCUUUCAUGUGCUUUUGAUCGCGGUAGUGGAAGAUCCUGUGACCGGAUGAACAGGGAGAAACUUGGAGAGCUGAAGAAAGAAUGUGGUAGCGAAGGUUUCAGUUUUGAUUCUUGGGCCAACAGGUACGAGAAAGCUCGUAAACUGUACGACAAGUUUAGCCCCUGCGUCGGUGAUGCCAUUGAGGAUGAAACCAAAAAGGUUAUAAAAUAUUGUCACUGCUUCAACUCCUGUGGAAAAGAUCAGACUGAAGAUGGCACCUGCACAGUUCAAGGUUUGGAUAGGAGAUUGGAUAUGGAGUUGGACGUCAAAUCACCCUACACAGCGGUAUGCGCCAUAGAUUGUGAACCGGAAGAAAAGCUUGUCUUCUUGCAGAAAGUGAUAAACAGGCAUCCCACUGAAAAAGCUACUAAAAAGGUCAUCAUAACUAAGGGAAUGUCUUCUUCCAAGUCUACGUCCAGUGGUGGAAGUUCAAGUGCAACUGUGUCAGGGGAAGUUGGAUUUAACGUGAUGAAACUUUUUGACGUAAAGAUCGGCGCAUCAGGAACAUUAGAGCAUAACUGGAGUUUGUCUACUACUAGGACGGAAUUUCAGCAAGUGACCAGUGAAAUAUCCAUCGGUGUUAAGCCAGGAGACGAAGUAUCAGUGUUUCAGGUUGUUGGCGAGUGUAAAAACAGUGAUGGCACUGUUUACACAGUGAAAACACCCACUUAUGUUAUCAAAGGCAAAGAUGGCUCAUCCGAAACCAAGGAGGCAGAUUUCUCUGAGGCCGAAAAAAGGUUGUCGAAAAGAAGAUUUAAGACAUUCUAUGUCUCAUCAUCAAACAACUGA